AUGGUUCCUGGCCCCGUCUCGAACGACAGGCUAGGCGCCUCCAACGGCCGCUCCUCCCCCAAGCCGCGCAUCCUGGUCCCCGAGAAGGUCUCGCCCGAUGGCCUGGCCCUCCUAGCCUCAGACUUCGAUGUCGACUCCCGGCCGGGCGGCCUCUCGCCCCAGGAGCUCAUCGACCUGAUCCCCUCGUAUCACGGCCUGAUCGUGCGCUCUGAGACAAAGGUGACAGCGGCCGUCCUCGCCGCCGGCACGAGUCUGCGCGUCGUGGCCCGCGCCGGAGUCGGCGUGGAUAACAUCGAUGUUGAGGCCGCCACGGCCCAGGGGAUCAUUGUCGUCAACUCGCCUGCGGGCAACAUCGUCGCUGCCGCCGAGCACACGGUGGCUCUGCUGCUAGCCACGGCGCGCAACAUCGGCCGCGCCGACCGGACAUUCAAGGAUGGCAAGUGGGAGCGCGGGAAGUUGGUUGGCGUCGAAGUCGGCCGUAAGACGCUCGGUAUUAUCGGCCUCGGCAAGGUGGGCAUGAAGGUCGCGCGCAUGGCCGUCGGCCUGGGUAUGAAGGUCCUGGCCGUCGACCCGUAUGCCAGUGCCGAUGUGGCACGCCAGGCGAGCGUCGAGCUCGUACCCGGCCUGGCCGACCUGCUCCCGGUCGUCGACUUCCUGACCAUCCACACCCCCUUAUUAGCUAGCACUCUCGACCUUUUAGGCGAGGCCGAGUUUCAGCGGAUGAAGAAGACGGCGCGCGUCCUCAACGUUGCUCGAGGUGGGGUGUACAACGAAGCCGCCCUUCUGAAAGCCCUGGAUGAGGGUUGGAUCGCCGGCGCAGGGCUCGACGUCUUCACAAAAGAGCCGCCAGAGGAAGGAAGCGUCGCGGCCCAGCUUGCGCGCCACGAGAAGGUCGUCUCGACACCGCACUUGGGCGCGAGCACCGUCGAGGCCCAGGAUAACGUCAGUCUUGACGUCUGCAGCCAGGUCCUGCUCAUCCUCCGGGGCGGCCUGCCGACCGCUGCCGUCAAUGCGCCUCUGAUCCUGCCCGAGGAGUACCGCAAGCUGCAGCCCUUCGUCAAGCUCAUAGAGAAGAUGGGUGGACUGUACACGCAACACUACGUCGGGGCCCGUGGCGGCAUGGUAGGGGGCAGGAAAUUCGAGCUCGUGUACCAGGGCGAACUGGCGGGCAUCAACAACACCCGGCCCCUCUUCGCGGCCCUGGUCAAGGGCCUCGUGUCCUCCAUCUCAGACUCCGGGGGUCGCGACGUCAACAUCGUGAACGCGGCGCUUAUCGCGCGCGAGAAGGGCAUCGUGAUUAACGAGGUGCACACGCGCGAGAACAGCGGCAGCACGUACGCCAGCCUGGUGACGCUGCGAUCGUACGACACGGACCCGGCCGCCGCCGGCAAGGAGGAACGGGGCGCCGAGCAGAUCAUCGAGGGCUACGUCAGCGGCAAGACGGUCUACAUCUCCAAGCUGGACCGGUUCACGGCCAGCUUCACGCCCGAGGGCACACUGCUCAUUCUGCAUAACUAUGACGAGCCCGGAAAAAUCGGCGGCGUCGGCAUGGUCCUGGGCCGCCGCGGCGUCAAUAUCGAGUGGAUGCAAGUCGCAAGCCUGGAGAAGGGGGAUCAAGGGGACAAGGGCUUGGAGUUGAGCAAGGUAGAUAGUGCAGUCGCAGGGAUGGAGGCCCAUGGCAGUAACACCAAGGGGAGGGGUAACGAGGCGCUGAUGAUCCUGGGUGUUGGUGGUGUGGUGGGCAAGGAGGUCUUGCAGGAUUUGACUGGCGAGGAGGGUAUCUUGGAUGUGAGCCUUAUUAGAUUGUAG